AUGGCGUCCGAGGACCCGCCGCCGCCGCCGCCGGCCGAGACGACCCCACUGCUCCCGAAACCCACAAGCCGCAUCUCCAUCCCCGCCCGUUUCUCCUCCUCUCUGCCGAAGGCUGACCGCGCCCCCGACCAGUCGCCGCCGUCCCGGGGCGACCGCCUGCCCUACAACGACUACACCGCCAUCGACUGGCUCCGCGACCUGACGCGGGACGCCGCCCGCGCCCGCCGUCUGCACGCGCGCCGGGGCCUACGCGGCCGGUUGGCCCGCUGGUCCGACCAGUGCCAGGGCUGGAUCGCCGCCGCCAUCAUCGGCGCGCUGACGGCCCUCGUCGCCUUCGCGGUUGACGUCUCCGUCGCGACCGUGAGCGACUGGAAGGAGGGCCGCUGCGCGAGGAACGCCCUCCUAGACCGAGGGCGGUGCUGCCGAGGCGUCGCCGGUACCGACGCGUGCGACGCGUGGCGGCCUUGGGUCGUCCUCGGCGACGACGACGACGCGCAGAAGGGCGGGUACGUCGCCGGGUACGCCGUCUACGUCCUCGCCGCGUUGCUCUUCGGCGCCGUCGCGGGCAACGUGACCAUGACCACCAAGGCGUCCCUCCCGGCCGUCACCGCCGACGCCGACGACAGCGCGGUCGCCGCGGCGGGGGGCAAGACCAUGUACAUGGCCGCCGGCAGCGGCAUCCCCGAGAUCAAGACGAUCCUCUCGGGCUUCGUCAUCCCCCACUUCCUAGGCCUCAAGGUACUGGUCGUCAAGGCCGUCGGCGCCACCUUUGCCGUCUCGACGGGCAUGUGCCUGGGCAAGGAGGGCCCUUUUGUGCACAUCUCGACCUGCGUCGGCCACCUGGUGGCCGGCUGGUUCCCAAAGUACCGCGACAACCCGCGCAAGAUGCGCGAGAUGUUGAGCGUGGCGUGCUCCGCGGGCCUGUCCGUCGCCUUCGGCGCGCCGAUUGGCGGCGUCUUGUUCAGCUACGAGGAAAUCAGCACGUACUUCCCGCGACGCGUCCUGUGGCGUGCGUUCCUCUGCUCCCUGAUUGCGGCCAUCGCGCUCAAGGCUCUCAACCCCAUGGGGACAGGGAAGCUGGUGCUGUUCGAGACCAACUACGACGUCGACUACGAUCCCGUGCACUACCUCGUCUUCGUCUUUCUCGGCGUCUGCGGCGGCGUCUUUGGUGGCGUCUUCUGCCAGGCCAACUUCCUCUGGUCGAAGCGCUUCCGCAGGUACGACAUCAUCAAGGAGCACCCCGUCCUGGAGCUGUGCGGCGUCGUCCUCGUCACCGCGCUGCUGCAGUACCCCAACGUCCUCAUCCGCGACACGGGCGACGUGUCGCUCUCGAAGCUACUGGUCGACUGCAAGGACCCGACGGGCGAGUGGAUCUGCGAGCAGGAACGGAGCGACGAUAGGACAGGGUACAUGCUGCGGCUGGCGGGCGGCGCCGUGGUCAAGCUCGUGCUCACCAUCAUCACGUUCGGGUGCAAGGUUCCCUCGGGCAUCAUCAUCCCCGCGCUGGACGGCGGCGCGCUGUUCGGGCGGCUCGUCGGCCAGGUCAUCGGCGACAUAUCGCCCGGCAUCUUCGCCAUGGUGGGCGCGGCGGCGUUCCUCGCCGGCGUGAGCAGGAUGACCGUGAGCCUGGCCGUCAUAAUGUUCGAGCUCACGGGCGAAGUGACGUACGUGCCAGCCUUUAUGUGUGCCAUCCUGACCGCCAAAUGGGUCGCGGAUGCCAUCUCGACAGAGUCGGUGUACGAUCUCUCGCAGCACCUCCUGGGCCACCCGUUCCUCGACGCCGAGCAGGCCUACGAAGUCGUCCGUCACCGGGAGGCCACGGCCCGUGAGCUGGUCCCGCCAGCGGCAACGAUGGCGGAGAUCACCCUUGGAGUAGGCAGGGAGUAUCAAGUGCGGCGGGACGUGCUCGCGGAGAAGCUGCGGAAGCUGAAGGCCAGGGGGUUGAUGGAUGCGGGGCUCGUGCUGGUCAACGCUUCCGGUUUGCUUUUUGGCUACUUUCCUGAGAUGGAGAUCGAGUACGCGUUGCAGCUCGAGGACGAAGCCGAUGAGAUUGACGUGCGAGACGAGAUCAUAAGGGAGCUAAUUGACCGGACGCCGAUCACGGUCAGCGCCGAAAUGCCCAUGGAGCACGUCCUCGAGGUGUUUGGGAAGCUCGGGCCGAGGUAUAUCAUCGUUGUCGAGCCGGAGACUGCCAAAGUGAUGGGUGUCGUUCUCAAGAAGCGACUGCUGGACUAUUUAGAUCGGGCGAAGGAGCAAUGA